UGAAAAUCGUCGGACUACGAAUCCGGAGGCAGUGUCAGACAAAAGGAAAAUGCCUCACUGAGUCACUGGUCAGAUUCUUCUACAAAAGUGACCGAUCCGCUCCCGUUUAGCCAUUUCGUCGAACACCUUCCCCGAGCCGACUGCCGCCGCCGCCGCCACCAUGCUCGUCGCGAAGCCUCGCCUCACCUCCUCCUCUUCUCUCCUACCUUCCACGCGGAUUUCCAGCCCCGAUCCCAAAUACGCCAGGCCCAUCGCCACCUCUCCCACCCCUCAACGCUGCCUUCGUAUAGCCGCCACAGCCGCCGCGGCGCCGGCUGCUUCGGCGGCGGAGGCAGCGGCGCUGACCCGCGUGGACGUGCUCUCCGAGGCGCUCCCCUUCAUCCAGCGCUUCAAGGGGAAGACCGUGGUGGUGAAGUACGGCGGCGCGGCGAUGAAGUCGCCGGAGCUCCAGUCGUCGGUGAUCCGCGACUUGGUCCUCCUCUCCUGCGUCGGCCUCCGCCCCGUGCUCGUCCACGGCGGCGGCCCCGAGAUCAACUCCUGGCUGCUUCGCGUCGGCGUCGAGCCGCAGUUCCGCAACGGCCUCCGCGUCACUGAUGCGCUUACCAUGGAGGUCGUCGAGAUGGUGCUCGUCGGCAAGGUCAACAAGAACCUCGUCUCCCUCAUCAACCUCGCGGGCGGAACCGCCGUAGGCCUCUGCGGCAAGGACGCUCGCCUCCUCACCGCGCGCCCGUCCCCGAACGCCGCGGCCCUCGGCUUCGUCGGCGAGGUCUCUCGCGUGGACGCCACCGUCCUCCACCCUAUCAUCUCCUCCGGUCACAUCCCGGUCAUCGCCACUGUGGCCGCUGACGAGACCGGGCAGGCCUACAACAUCAAUGCCGACACGGCGGCUGGUGAGAUUGCCGCUGCGGUCGGCGCCGAGAAGCUGUUGCUGCUCACAGAUGUGUCUGGAAUUCUGGCCGACCGAAAUGACCCCGGGAGUCUGGUAAAAGAGAUCGACAUUGCUGGGGUACGGCAGAUGGUGGCCGACGGGAAGGUAGCUGGUGGGAUGAUACCGAAGGUGGAGUGCUGCGUGCGCGCACUCGCGCAGGGUGUGCACACCGCAAGCAUCAUCGAUGGGCGUGUCCCACACUCGUUGCUGCUCGAGAUUCUCACAGACGAGGGAACUGGCACUAUGAUCACUGGCUGAGCUGGUUCACCCCCGUCAUGUUUUUUGUCAUUCUUUUAGGAGUUGGCCCGGAUGUGAUAUGAUGGAUUGAACUGUGAACCAAGUGAAUGGAGAAAAUCACUUGAUUUGGCACCAGUAUAUCGAGGUUCUAGUUGACUCUUGAGGUUUGGAGAAAUCGAGAGGGUGGAGGGGUCGUGCUCUGUGUCCUUGCAGACAUCGUUCUCUGUCCUUUCUAGCACCUACCACCAUGGCAUGGUCACAGCAAAUCCAUUUGCAUCUAAUGGAACUUUGCCUUCUUUUUGGUAUUUAAGUACUGUAUUGGUGGGAACUUCUUUUUGGUAUUUAAGUACUGUAUUAGUGGGAACUUCCAUGGUGCCAUUCAUCAUUUCUUAUCUGUUGUGUGAGAGAAAUUUUGAGAAAAGGGAAGAAAAUCCUACCCCUUGUCUUGGCAUUGCAGAAUCUAUUCCUCAUUAUGUUGUCCAUUUACUUUUUUGUGAGAGACUGGUCCUGUGCAUAUCGUAGUGAUGUUUAUUGUCUGCUGAAAGCUUCAGCUCCUUAAAAGUUAAAACCAUUGUGCUUGGCAAUAAAAUGCCUGCGGCUAUACAACAAGUUAGUAUACCAUCAAAUU